UUUAGGCGGAAGUGUUUUGAAACAACUAGUCAGGAAUUUAGUGUGUUAGUACGUGUUCUAAGCGUUUUUACGCCUUUUGUUUAAAACUAAAGACAGUUUGCGAAUGAAGACAAGCCGUCUUCAUACAGGAUUAUCUCAAAUCUCGUGAGGUUUUCUUUCUUGGUUCGGGAUUAGCUUCUUAAAAAGCUGGAUUCAUGGACUGGAUUGGCUUCGGCUAUGCGUUUGUGUUAGCAGGAGGAGUCAUAGGUUAUGCUAAAGCAGGCAGCUUCACCUCUCUGGUCGCCGGCAUCGUCUUCGGCUUGGCGGCUGCAGUUGGAGUUUAUCUGACGUCUCAGAAUCCCAGGAAUGUUUGGCUUUCAUUGGGCACAGCGGGAACUUUGGCUGUAGUGAUGGGACUGAGAUUCGUAAACUCCUGGAAGUUCAUGCCGGCUGGUUUGAUGACUUUAGUGAGCGUGCUGAUGCUGACGAAGAUUAUCUUUGGAAUGCUGAAGUCGAGGCAACACAAAUCUUGAACUUGGAUUUAAAUUUUGAGUAUGGAUUGUGAAACAUUUCCAGCUGUAUAGUUUUGUUUUACAGUCUGCUGUAAAAAGUGACUUGGAAUGUGAUGUUUGUUUUGUUUAAAAAUUCUAUCCUCAAUUAUUUUUGAUGUAUAACAAAAAGAAAUCCACUCAAAAUGCACAAAUUAUUACUUUAUUUAAACCUGAGAUUUCAUGUACAAAGUCAUAAUAAUCUUGCCUUUAGCAAAUUAUGAAGUGAACUUAAUCUAAUCCCAAGUGAACAAAAACAAAAUUUUUACUUAAGAAAAAUGAAGGCAAAAUAGAAAAGCUAUUAAAGAAAAACUAAGUAGAUGCAAAUGUGUAGAAAAUGUGACUUUUUAAAUGUUAAAACUUCCAGCUUUCCCAGACUUCACUUAACAGACACCCAGGUCUUUUUACAUUUAUUUUAAAAUGUAGAUUUAAAGGCAAAAUAUCUUGACACACAUUCAGUAUAUAACAUACACCUGGACAAAAAAAAAAAAGCCACUUUAAUAGAUCUGGUUUUGAGUCUAAUUUUAUCCUUUUGGUAGUUUUCUAAUUUUAUUCCCACAUGUGCUUUAUUUUCUUUAUGUGCACCGUUUUUAUUGUGCGAAAUAAAUAUAAAAAAAAAGAUUCAUAGUAACAGAAGAAAACAAAAAUAACAAAACUCAAACUAUGGAAAUAAUGUGUGUAAUGACUAGUCACUAGCUGGAGUUUUUAUUUUAUAACUUAAAGAAGCUGUUGGUAAUUAAAUAUUUUGUCUUUCUAAUGCUGUCAUUUUCACAAAUUAAAUCAGAUUAAUCAGUACGACUGAAGUAAUGAGUUACAUUUUCAGCAACUAUUUUUCUAUGACUGCUUUUGAAUAAAAAUACAUUGAAGCAUUGUUGCUCUACCCACCUGCACUUGAAAGUUUGUUUGCUUUUUAUUUGUUUGUAAUAUCUGUGUUUCUAAUAAAGGUUAAAUUGUGUUUUAAAAA